GUUAAUGGCGUAAAAUUGUUAGCUUUAGUUCUUGUGUGCCCACAACAGCAUUAAAACGCGUGUAUGUCUAAUAAGUGCACUUUACUCAUGACGUGGCUUAGUUCCUGACGAUUAGUAUUAUGUUGAUCAAGUGACUUGCUUUGUUGGCGACAUUGUUAUAUCUUAAGAUGGCAGCGGGAGACUUAUGUCACAAGUUGUACUAGAAAUAGUGGUUGCUUCACGUCGUGGAAGCGCGUUGGUGCUAGGCUGUGCAGCGUUUGCUGAAUUUCAGAAAAGUGUCUGAAGAUGUCUAACGGAGCACUGUCAUCCGACACACCUGUUGCGCGGCUUUGCCAUAUAAUACAGUGGAAGCAUUUCGAUGGUUAUGGAUUCAACUUACAUGCUGAGAAGGGGAAGCCAGGACAGUACAUCGGCAAAGUCGACGAAGGUUCACCAGCUGAAGCCGCCGGUCUGAAAGAAGGUGAUAGAAUAAUAGAGGUCAAUGGUGUAAAUAUUGCCAAUGAAAACCAUAAGCAGGUAGUUCAGAGGAUUAAGGCAAUCCCCAACGAAACAAAACUUUUGGUAGUUGAUGCUGAAGCAGAUAAAUAUUACAAAGCAAACAAUAUCACUAUUAAGAGCGGUUCACCCGAUGUUAAGUACCUGAAAACACCAAUGCCAGACGCAGACAAUUCAGAUGAUACAGAUGAGAAGAAGUCUGGAAAUAAUGAAGAUGGUCAGAUUGAUGCAGUCGCUAAUGACAAGAAAUCAAGUGAUGCUGGAAGUUCAAAUACUACUCCGUCAACAGACAGGAAAAGUAGUAGCAGUCAUGUCUCCGAGCAUGGAAAUGAUUCCAAUACAGUGCAAGAGGUAAAUUCAAAAUCUCCUGGGGCAGGAAGUAACAAUAGUACUUUAGAGCGCAGUAGUGCUAACAGUGGGAUUAAUCUGAACAUGUCAGCAAAGGAACUGCGAGAGAAACUUGCAUCUCGUAAAAAAUACGAUCCGAAAAAGGAAAGUAUGGAUUUCAAGAAGAAGUUCGAAAUAGUGCAAACUUUGUGAGUGGACAAUCAGUUGUUGAUGAGAGUGAAACAAAAACCGCACAAAAUCUGAUCUGAAGGAAAGAACUUAUUUUUAGUGUAUUUUUAACGGUCGUCUACAUUCCAGUUCGCUGCAUUGAAUAAUGGAAAUUUCUUAUUUGGUUUGGGAUGUAAUGCUUAGUUAAGUUAUACUGAAUAGUAAUUGGGUUUUUCACUAAUUACAGUUCCAUCUUCAUUAUGCACUGGAAUCGUCUCUGACAUUGUUUCCAGUUAAGCAUUAGUUAAUGAACAUUUAAGACAAUAUUUGUCGUGGUAAACAUUCCAUUGUUGUGUGUUGUAGAUAUAUUUUUAAAGAUGAGGGCUUGCAUUUUAAUUGUUGCUCUCUGAUGUUAUUCUGAACUCAGCUGCAGUAAGCAAAUAAUUUUUUUGUGUGUAGCUCAAAGAACUGCAUAGUCUGGUGUAAUUUCAAGAUCAGACUGUCAAAACAACUCUUGAUUUCCAACUUUUCAACCUAAUAAUUUUUCUCAGUAAGGCUCAAAAAGUUUUUUGCCCAACUCAUAUGUAGGUGAGGUGACUUACAAGUAGCACUUGUUGAAUUGUGCACUGCUAUUGAUAAAAUUCACUCACCUUGACGAGACUGCAAUAGUCUUAAACAGCUGUAUGGAUAGAAUCAGUAUUGUCUAUUAAUGCUUCCUUAUCUGAAUAUGGAGUCAUAACAUGUUUCUUGGUAGUGCCUUUGGGCACGUUUCCAGUGGCAGUGCAUUAGAAGUAAAAAAAAAACUGCAGUAAAUGAUCGUAUGUUAGCCCUAACUUAGUUUGGCCAUUCUCUGGGUCACACAUUGUGUUGUUGUGCUGAUGUACAGUGCUUCAAUUAAUCAGUGCCUUAUCCUCUAGUCUCAGUGCACAUGUUAGAGCCAGUUUCACGAACUUUUCCUUGGAAAGGAUAAAUAGGUGCAUUCUUGAAAAGAUCAUACGCUUCUGCAGCUUUUGCAGAAUUGAUGAAUGUUUAAUGAUAACCUUGAGCUACAAUGCUGUUAUAUUUUUGAUAGUUUUUACAUAUAUUGUGCGCACACUUCUGUGUACAUUGAAAAUAUUUUAUUAAACUCUAUAAUAUGGAAAUGAUAUACUAAAAUGUUAAAAGGUUAUGAAAAAUGAUGAAUAUUUUUGUAGUAAAAUGCCGAACUAUGGAAUAUAGUUAAUUCUGCUUUUGUAGAAUAUCGAAUGCAGCUCGUUGAAAAUUAUGCUGUAGGAUUGGCAGAAAUUGCCCCAGGAAAAAUAUAGUUUACAGCGUGAUGCACAAUAAGACUGUAACAAAGAGCUUCACUUAAUAUGAACCUAUACUUUGAGAUGUGACCAUAUGUUUUCAGAAGCAUAGCUUUAACACCAAAAACUUUACAAAGUAUUUGAUUACUGUGUUUUAUUGUUUCUUGAAUUAGAAUGUAUCAUACAUCAGAGUCAUAUCAAUAUAUUUUUGUCGUGACUUACAAGUGUAUAAAUAUUAUUUAAAAUACAUCUGUUUAAAGCAUCA